AUGACAACUGCUUUGAUCCCCAUCGCCGACGGCUCGGAAGAGAUCGAAGCCAUUACUCUGGCCGAUGUGCUGACGCGCGGCGGCGUCCAAGUAACGCUAGCCACUGUCGGCAAUAAGCCACAGAAUAUCGUUACGAUGUCACGUGGUGUCAAGGUGCAAGGAGAUGUAGCCAUUGAAGAAUGCACCGGCAAGAACUUCGACCUCGUCGUGUGUCCGGGCGGUAUGCCUGGUGCCGAGCACCUUCGUGACUCGAAAGAGGUAGUAGCUCUGCUGCAAAAGCAAAAGGAAGACAACAAAUUGUACGGUGCUAUUUGUGCCGCUCCAGCUGUCGUGCUGCACACGCACGGACUACUUCCUUCUGGUCCAGCCACGAGUUACCCGAGCUUUGACCAAGGUCCAGGUACUGCUAUGGCCAUGGGAGUGAAGCUUGUGGAGCUGCUUUGUGGCCACGAGAAGGCCCAGUCAGUCGCUCAGGGACUUCUUAAUACCCCCAUGAUGUAA